GAAAGGUAACAACAAGUGUAAAUCCAGGGGACCACGACAGGUAGGAACAAGCAGCAAGAGUUUGGAUGUAUUAUUUUGAAGCAUAUGAUGCAAGUGUCUAAAUGAUUGAGAUACAGUACCUGCGUGGACUUUGAAGAGAAGGAUGAUCGGGACCAUACCCUUUUUUAACCCAGUUGUGAUGAUCAUGGACAACUUUUUCAUGAAGAACAUAUGAAAACACAUUUUGGCUGAUCCUGAAUCGUGACUCUCCACAGCUUUCUGGUCAUCUAAUCAAGACUCCCCAGCCUCCACCCAGCUCAGCCCACGUUGUCUGUUAUCGCUGCAGAAAUUAAAUUACACCUGCCUUCAUCUCAAAUACAGACCUCUGCGAGAACUCUUUUCCCUUUUGUAACUUUCACUACCAAGUCCAAGGAUCCAUUCUUCUAUGUAUCUAACUCUGUGAGAUUUCAGUGCCUCAUUCGGCUUGAAUCCCUUAGCCAUCCCUAGUAGUUCCCAUUACUCUGAGCUCUCAGUAGCACCCACCAUCUCUUGCUCCUUACUGGUUGACACCUCGGGUCCUGAGCCAGGAUGAAUGACAUCCAGGAUGCUACCUCCCCAGGGGCCGCCCUUGGUGGCCCUGUCGCCUGCGUCUCCAAAGUGGAGCUGCGCGUCGCCUGCAAGGCCCUGCUGGACCGAGACACACUGAACAAGUCUGACCCAUGUGUCAUACUCAUGGUGCAGAACCAGGGACAGUGGACAGAGCUUGACAGGACAGAGGUGAUCAAGAGCAACCUGCACCCGGUCUUUGCCAAGGUCUUCACCCUGGACUACUACUUUGAGGAAGCGCAGAAGCUGCGGUUCGAGGUCUACGACAUCCAUGGCACUCACAGUAUUGGCACCCGUGAUGACGACUUCCUGGGUGGGGUGGAGUGUACGCUCGGCCAGAUUGUAGCCCAGAAGAAGAUGGUGAAGCCUUUAUUCCUAAAGUAUGCGAAGUACGCUGGGAAAUCCGCCAUCACGGUACACGCUGAAGAAAUUUCUGGCAACAAUGGAUAUGUUGAACUGUUCUUCUGUGCCAAGAAACUGGAUGAUAAGGAUCUUUUCAGUAAGUCAGACCCCUUUUUGGAAAUAUAUCGAAUCAACGAUGAUGGGACGGAACAGCUCGUUCACAGAACUGAGGUAAUCAAAAACAACCUGAACCCCGUGUGGGAGCCCUUUAAAGUGUCUCUCAUCUCUCUGUGUAGCUGUGAUGAGGACAGGAAGCUCAAGUGCCUAGUCUGGGAUUACGACUCCAGAGGAAAACACGACUUCAUCGGAGAGUUUUAUGCCACCUUCAGAGAAAUGCAGAAAAUUGGCGGUGGAAGCAAGGUCACAUGGGAUUGCAUGAAUCCAAAGUACAAACUGAAGAAAAAGAACUACAAGAACUCUGGGGUGGUCAUCCUCAGUGAUCUCAAGCUUCACAGAGUGUAUUCCUUCCUGGACUACAUCAUGGGAGGAUGCCAAAUCCACUUUACAGUGGCCAUUGACUUCACAGCCUCCAACGGAGACCCACGGAACAGCUGCUCCCUACACUACAUCAACCCGUACCAGCCCAAUGAGUAUCUGAAGGCUUUGAUAGCAGUGGGGGAGAUCUGUCAGGAUUAUGACAGUGACAAAAGAUUUUCCGCCUUGGGAUUUGGUGCCAGAAUUCCACCCAAUUACGAGGUGUCCCAUGACUUUGCCAUAAAUUUCAACCCAGAGGACGAUGAAUGUGAAGAGAUUCAGGGGGUCGUGGAGGCCUACCAGAACUGCCUGCCUAAGAUCCAGCUGUAUGGCCCCACCAACGUCUCUCCCAUCAUCAGCAGGAUAGCCAAGCUGUCAGCAGGAGAGGAGACCAUCAAAGAUGCCUCACGUUACCACAUCCUACUGAUCCUCACGGACGGCGUGGUGACAGACAUGGCAGACACACGCGAGGCCAUCGUGCGUGCCUCCUACCAGCCCCUGUCCAUCAUUAUCGUUGGCGUGGGCAAUGCAGACUUCACAGACAUGCAGAUCCUGGACGGGGAUGACGGGGUGCUGCGCUCACCCAAAGGAGAGCCCGUCCUCCGAGACAUUGUGCAGUUUGUGCCCUUCAGAGACUUCAAAACGGCCUCGCCCGCUGCCUUAGCCAAAUGUGUCCUGGCGGAAGUGCCCAACCAAGUGGUGGAGUACUACAGUCACAAGGCCAUCUGCCCCAUGCCGCCCGUCCCAUCAUGUGACUCUCCCACCUCCCUUGCCAACACCCCUACAGAAUCACUGCCAGCAGUGGGGACCACGGCCUGACCACAUCUCAGUCCAGCAGAGAGAGCGAGAGAGAGGGUGCAUAUCGCUGCUCUGGACCAAGAACCAUGGUCAUUAAUAUUAGUGUUGUUAUCAUUCCUUUUUCAUUCGUACAGCGUUCACACACAGACUAGAAACUGAAACCGAAACCUUUGGAUUGUUUUCUCUCUCCGUUCGGAUCAUGUCCCUCUGCCUGGCUGUGCAUCCAUCUGCCUGUUCAGCAUGAUGCUGGAGCCUUCGUCCUCUUCCUCCUGUUUUGGGGAUGCAUGCAGGUGAAUCCCUCCCAGAGUUGAUCAACUAUGGUCACAUGCUCUCUGUCCCCUUCUACCCUGAUAUUGGCACCUCGGCCCUCAGUUGAUUUUUCUAUGACUUCUAAGGCUCUCCAAGGCGUCAGUCUGCUUCUCCUCUGUGUCCAUUUUGCUCUGCUGUCUCUCUCUAAGUCUUACUGCCCAUCACUGGUAUUGUCGGAAGAGCCUGUCAACUGAAGGGAGGGGGGGAUCUAAACAUAUCAAACCACAUGAGUCGUUCAAUUAUCUGGAAAGAGAUUUAGGUCAAAUUAGAUUUUACUAUUCCAACACAAUGCCUGCACAGAAAAGGUAGUCAUAUACAGUACCAGUCAAAAGUUUGGACACAUCUACUCAUUCAAGGGUUUUUCUUUAUUUUUACUGUUUUCUACAUUGUAGAAUAAUAGUGAAGACAUCAAAACUACAAAAUAACACAUAUGGAAUCAUGUAGUAAUCAAAAAAGUGUUAAACAAAUCAAAAUAUAUUUUAUAUUCUUCAAAGUGGCCACCCUUUGCCUUGAUGAUAGCUUAGAACACACUUGGCAUUCUCUCAACAAGCUUCAUGAGGUAGUCACCUGGAAUAUAUUUCAAUUAACAGGUGUGCCUUGUUAAUUUGUGGAAUUUCUUUCCUUAAUGAGCCAAAAAGUUGUGUUUUGAAAAGGUAGGGGUGGUAUACAGGAGAUAUACUAUUUGGUAAAAAUUCAUAUUAUUGCAAGAACAGCUCAAAUAAGCAAAGAGAAACGACAGUCCAUUACUUUAAGACAUUAUGGUCAGUCAAUCCAGAAAACUGCAGUCGCAAAAACCAUUGAAUUAACAGCCCAAAUAAAUGCUUCACAGAGUUUGAGUAGCAGACAUCUCAAAAACCACUGUUCAGAGGAGACUGCGUAUAUCAGGCCUUCAUGGUCGAAUUGCUGCGAAGAAACCACUACUAAAGGACACCAAUAAGAAGAAACUUGCUUUGGCCAGGAAACACUAGCAAUGGACAUUAGACUGGUGGAAAUCUGGCCUUUUGAGACUUGGUACCAACCACAGUGUCUUUGUGAGAAACAGAGUAGGUGAACGGAUGAUCUCUGCAUAUAUGGUUCCCACCGUGAAGCAUGGUGGAGGUGCUUUGUUGGUGAUACUGUCAGUGAUUCAUUUAGAAUUCAAGGCACACUUAACCAGCAUGGUGACCACAGCAUUCUGCAGCGAUAAACCAUCCCAUCUGGUUUACGCUUAGUGGGACUGUCAUUUGUUUUUCAACAGGACAAUGACCCAAAACACACCUCCAGGCUGUGUACGGCUAUUUGACAAAGGAGCCUGAUGGAGCGCUGCAUCAGAUGGCCUGGCCUCCGCAAUCACCCGACCUCAACCCAAUUGAGAUUGCGGUCCAACUCAUCCCAAACAGAGUGAAGGAAAAGCGGCCAACAAGUGCUCAGCAUAUGUGGAAACUCCUUCAACACUGUUGGAAACGUAUUGACAAGAGUGCAAAGCUUUCAUCAAGGCAAAGGGUGGCUACUUUCUAAAAUAUAUUUUUAUAGAGAAUAUAGAGAAACCCUUGAAUGAGUAGAUGGGUCCAAACUUUUGACGGGUAACUGUACAAGCAAACCUGACAUUUUGUAACAUGACUCACACUAAUAUUACCUUACAGUACAACGUUUUAAAGCGUAGUGAUUUAUUACAGAUUUAGCGAUGUGACAUAACAUGUAUUUAUGUCAAUCUCGGGUUUAUAAUAACCUUAAGCAGUCAUUAUGGCAGAGCAUUCAAAUAACAUUUUACAGAAGUGUAUACAUGAUAAAUAAGUCAACAAAUAUAAACAUAUAUACGUACAGUAUAAAUUAAUGAUAAAGAUCUACAUCAGAUAAAUCUGAUAUUUUUCAACUGUUACGCCCAUUACCUCCAUAUGAAGCAUACCUUAGGUCAGGUUGAAAAAAAGAUCAAUCCCUAUCUGGAGCCUUAGCCAGUGACAUCUCUUAACUGAAUUAACGAGGAACAUUUUAAAUGGGGCUCUUCAUGGUGUUUGUAUCACAAGGCUGUAUGAUAUUUUAGGUCUUAAAAAAAAAUCUUAUUCAAGGGAGAUAACCUUGUGUCUCAUUACUCAUGUGAAAGACCUCACUGCACUGUCUGCUGAAGAAACGAAAUACGGUGGAAUGUAUAUGAUUUAUUUUGUUUGAAGAGUGCAAAUGUCACAGGAGUACACUGACAUUAAUGAGAGAAGACCAGAGAGUGGGAUCAUGGCCUUGUAUUCAUAUUGACUUGUUUGGAUGAGAUGCUGCUGACUUAUGGUAAGCAGCUUUACAUGCACAUCCCUCCAUGAUGAAUAUGUACUGUAACAAUUUAUUCCCUCUAGGAACUAUUUUGUUCUCUCUGUUGACACUUUGACUCGUUGAUUGUAUAAAUCAUGGGUAAGAAGUCUUGUACAUAGUUCCAUGAACUUCUUCUGAUAAAAAAUUCUACUGACGUAGUUUAGGUGCAUCAGAUAUGAUGCAAACAGGUAUAAAGAUUGCAAAUGUUUUCUCAUAAUGGAGAAAUACCAUGAAAAUCACAAUCACAGUGAUACCAUGAAAAUCUCUAGUAAAACUAGCCCUAAUCCUCAUCAGUACAUUUCUCUGGACAGUAACAACCACAUGCAGGCUGGAUUUCGUUUGAACCCACCAUAGAUGGUCAUUGGCCAAUUAGCAUAAUAUAGAUCUCUAGAUGUUGAUGCCAGUCCGUGCCAUUGCCUCUGUCCCAUUUGUUGAUGCUUCUUUGUAAUUAUCAAGUUCACUUUGGCUUCUCUCUCAAUACUUGCAUCUCUCCCAGAUGGCCCAUGUGCUCUUAUGUACAUAACUGUGGCUAAACUCCCCGGUACUCCUGUGUGCUGUGGUCUGAGUUCCUCUGAAGAACAGUGAGUGUGUAUCUGCUACUAAGGACCAUAAGCCUACUGCCUAUUGAUUCAGGACGCCCAGAUCUGGAGUCCUACUUGAUCAGCUGAAUGUAAAUAACCCUGGAUGGACUCCACACUCUCCACACUUGGGGCUCUGCAAUGUGAUGUGUAGGAUGGGGAAAUUGAUGUAGAACAUUUGCCAAUGUUCUGUUGGACUGAGUGCUGACGUCAAUGGUAAUAUAUUGAAGUACUUUAGAUUUAUUAAUUCUUUGUUUGUUUUUGUUUGGAUAUCUACUAUGUGUUUGAAUAUGAUGACACCAUUUCUCAAGGUGGCCUACUGGCAUGGAUUUAUUCAUCACAUGAAUGGAUAACUCAUUUUUAGGAUUACUGUUGUGGAAUGGCAGGAGACCUUAUCUAUCAGAUCUAUAUUGAGAAAUGUAUGAAUCAUUGGCAAGAUGAUGGGGUACACUGUUACCGUUCCAGCCCCUUGGUCCUUAUCUUUAUUGCACAAACUAAAACGGUGUGCAUUUUCAUAGAAUUGGCUUGUGUGCAGCUCAACAUAUGCGCACACUAAGACCAUACAUACAUUACACACUCUGAGCAACAGCAAGUGAUAUCAUGCUGACAUGAAUCAGUAUUCCUGUUCCUGAGGGGGAACGGGAUUUGAAUACCAUAUGCUCAAGGCACAAGUAUCAGCACCUUUCUGGUGUUUGUUUGCUGUGCUGUACUGUUGUUCCCACCCUGGACAACAUGGCCCUGGACAACAUGGCUCAUUAUGUAAUGUUGCCCUCAGGCACAAGCCAAAGCACUCUCCAUCAACUCAAAUCAUCCUUUGCUUAGUUCAUUUUAAGAAUAAACCCUUUAGACCAAAUGCAGUUAGUGCAGGUAUUGCUAACCCUGAUGCAUACUGUGUCUAGCGGUAUUGAUUUCAAUGGUGGAUGUCUCCUUUAAAAUAUUUAUGCAGGGAGAAUGACUGGUUUUAAAUGAGCUCUGAAGAGUGCAUACUCUGAGAUAUUUAUUUUACAUUCACCACUGACAAACAUGGGCUUUAAACACUACUGUACUAUGGGUGGAAGGUUAAUACAGGCUAGUCUAUUGCCCUGCUGUGUAUUCCCUAAACCACUGGAGGAUUUUGAGGUCAUAGAUAUUUUAAUUCUAAAAAGAGAAUUCAUCGCAUGCUUACUUCUGUUGUUAAGAUGUUGUACAUUCCUUUGGAGUACGAUAUGCUGAUAGGCAAGCCUGCAUUUGCACAAACCUCUGUUCAUGUUGUGGAUGCUCUAUUUAUCUUGCAUUUAGGCCAAUAAAUCCAGUCAACUGCAUGAUAGUGUCUGUGAUGUCUCAUCCUUGUAAAAAAAGUGGAAAUAUUUGUCUAUAUUCUUCCAUGGUUUUUAAGUGAAAAACUAAAUAAAGAUUUAGUAUUUAUUGCCA